AUGCUAAUCACUACACCAUCUUGGGGGCACUGGCAAAGUCUCAUAGACAAAGGAAACCUGUGUCUGGGCUUUUUUGCAGAAGCAGAACCCAUCAAUUCCACAUCAGUGACUGAAUUUGAGCUGGUUGGUUUCCUGGACCUACAGAAUUUUCACAUGCCCGUCUUCCUCGUCUUGCUGGUGAUUUACCUGCUUAUCCUGAGUGGAAACAGCAUCAUUUUCACCCUCAUCUAUGCCCACCCCCGUCUUCAUAUCCCCAUGUAUUAUUUUAUUGCCAUCUUGGCUGUCCUGGAGGUCUUCUACACCACUGUUACCAUGCCCAAAAUGCUGGUUGACCUUCAGAAAAGCACUCAAUCCAUCUCUCUCCAUGGCUGCCUUCUGCAAAUCUAUUUUUUCCACGCACUGGGGAUCACAGAGGCUUGCUUGCUCACAGCCAUGGCUUAUGACCGGUACUUAGCCAUCUGCACCCCAUUAAAAUAUUCCACCACAAUGACCACCAAACUAUGUUUCCAGCUGGUGCUGGGAUGCUGCGCGUGUGGCUUCACCUGUCCCUUGCCAGAAAUCAUCCUGACUUCCCAGCUGCCUUUCUGCGGCCCUAAUCACAUCAAGCACAUGUUCUGUGAUUUCCCUCCGCUGAUCAGCCUGGCCUGCGCCAACAUAUCAACCAGCAUCAUCGUGGACUUCUCCCUUCACUCAGUUGUCAUCCUCAUCCCCAUUUUUCUUAUCCUCUUCUCAUACGCCAAGAUCCUCCAAGUCAUCAUCAGGAUCAAGAGCUCGAAAGGGCGCCAGAAGGCCUUUUCCACCUGUGCCUCCCAUCUCAUCGUGGUUUUGGCUUUCUUUGGAACCAUCAGCUUCAUGUACAUGCGCCUGACAUGGAUCGGGUCCCUGCAUUAUGAUCGGAUCAUUGCGGUAAUCUAUGCUGUUCUCACCCCUCUCUUCAACCCCAUUAUCUACAGUCUGAGAAACAAAGAAAUCAGAGAUGUGAUCACGCAGCUCGCCAGCUCCUCUCAUCUGUCCUAUUGCGACAAGAGGUAG